CAGGAAAUGCUGCAAUCAUGAAUAUUACGAGACCUAUAAAACGGUGAAAAAGAGACACACACGGAUUUAGUGGAAGCAGAUAAUCAGACCACAAUGCAGAUCACACCUUUAUCCCUUUCCAUUGUCACCUUGUUCAGCAUUCAGACGUACGGCACCCCACUGGAAUGCCAUACUUGUGAUUUUCCUUGUAUAAUGAAAUCAAACACUACUUGCCAAGCUCAAGAGGUCUGUGUGACAAAGGUGGGGGCAUUCGCUGGUUUUCCAUGUCAUAAACGAGGAUGUACGAACAGCACGGUGUGUGACACGGAGACCACGGAGGUUAUCAUGGGUACCGCCAUCACAGUUAUGAAUCAAUGCUGUAAAACUAACCUGUGCAACUCUGCGGUUCACCUGGAGGUUCCUACUUUCUCCAUCCUGGCAGUGUGCAUAUCCAAACUGUGUUAAAUGGGUGAAUGGCUGACACCUGCACGGCACCUGCUCUGUUGUCGGGAUUUUUUCUUGUCUCUUUAAAUCGCAUUUAUGUAAAUAACCCUCGAACAGCACCAAAUAUUUUCCUUACAGAACGUCUACAGGUUGACUCUCAAUAAAAUAAGAUUUUUAUCCUAUG